AUGGAAAAUGAUGAGGAAAAUGAAACAAAGUCCAAGUUUCUGGGAAAAGCCCUAGAAUUUUCAAGAAAUAUCGAAAAUCUGACAGAAGACCUUCUUCAGCUACUCAAAUCAAAGGACAGCUCUGUUUUGGAUGCAAUAAGACCCAUCAUAGAGCCAAAAAGAAAGGCAUCAGUAGUAUUGGAGUUUUACAACUCAUACCUCCAAUCAGCUCAAGCAUUCAAAGAUGUUGAGAGCAGAAUUAAAGAGGCGGGAAUUACAACAAAAUCUAAGCUGAAAAUAGAAGACUUGGAGUCGAGCUCAACCCUUGAUUUACUCGAUGUGCUCAUAAAGAAGAUUGGCGAGCUAGAAGAGCAUCCAGAAAUUAAAAUUGCACAUAAACUUGCUGCAGAACAAAGGCAGAGUCUCAACAAAUAUCUGGAGAUUGUUAAAGACACGGUCCUUGACUCGCUUAAAAGACUGCCAAAGGUUGUGGAUAAACUUGACUUAUACUCAAGGUUUAUAUUGAAACAUCAUGAUUCUGAUCAGUACUUAAAAGAGUACAUUGAGGUCUGUCAAUCAAGACUCAGCUUUUUUGAAAUUGAAAAUAAAGAAACAGCUAUUCUCCAACAAACAAAAAAUCUAACAGAGCAUUUCAACAUGAUCAAAGAACUCAACACCAGAAUACUGGGCAGGAAAUUUUCAAGAGUAAUUAACGAUGGAAUGAUCCAGUUUCUGGUUCUAGAUUUGAAAACAAUUCUGGGCUCGUAUCUAUUAAAAAUUGAAAAGAGCCAAUCUCCUUUUCACAUUCCAUUUUUAAUACAGCUAUACGCAAGACUUAGACACAGCGAUGGAGACAUGGUCAGGGAAAUUGAGCAACUAUUUGAGCUGAAGCCUGAAAUAAUGAAGCUGAUAUUCAAUUGCUUUAUCCAGUUCUUUGGGCAGUUGGAUCUUCUUGAAGCUCCAAACAAGGAGCUGGGAUCCGAGAAGAUGACUAUUCUUCUAGCAAGCAUCCUUGAGCAGUUCGCUCUGAAUAAAGAUGCAAAAAGAGAAUGGGUGUCGUCUUUUGGAUCUUCCUUUGGAAUUUUCAAUAUUGACGAACUUAACUUUAACCUGUGUGAAAAAUGUCUGUUGAAGAUCACCGCUCUGUCAGAGCAGCUAAAUAUCCGAGAUCAGUCAAUAUACACUAUAAACAACAUACACGCUCUUCGGAACUACUUUUUGAAGUUUUCUGGACUCGACAUUAAACAGCUCAUUUACAAAAACUGUGAAACAAUCAUCGGCGUCUUAAAAAUUGAGUUAGAGUCGAGAUCCCCAACAGAAGCCUACAAGCUCAUACUCAAUGAACUAUCGUUGGCUCGUCAAUGCUAUUUACCUGAGGAAGAAAGAGACUAUAUUGCACAGAAGAUAAAACAAAUGGUUGAAGAUGGUAUAUCCAAGAAGACAAUACAGGGAAAUCCUCAUGCACUACUACAAAGUAUUCCUGAAGCAUAUACAGGCAACAAACCCAAAUGA